CUAACCCUAACCUAAGAAUGAGUGUGUGUGGGAUGUGGGCUUUGGAGGGGGCAUGAGUGUGUGUGUCUCAGAAAAGAGGCAGAAUGCCACCUCUGAAUCUUGGUUGUAACAUUCCCAGUGAAAUGUGAUAUUGAAACACCUCCCUCAGCAACUGGAUCCUGGACAUCCCUACUACACACUGUAUGGCCUCUCCAAUACAACCACAGUACAUAGGGUGUCACCUGUACUCUAUCAACACCCACCACGGGUCAGAGUUGAGGAUCGUGGCAGCCAUCAGAAACAAGCUCCUCCUCAUCACCAGGAAACAGCCCCGCCCCGAUGGCACGGGCGCCCUCGCCGCCACAACCGACUCGCCCGUGGACCAGUUCCAAUACAUACGGGAAAUCUGUCUGUGUGAAACUCCGGUGGUGAUGGCUUUGGUGGAUGGUCCUACAGGGAGAAACGACAACAUGAUCUGUGUGGCCUACAAACACCAGUUUGACCUGAUCAAUGAGAGCACCGGGGGACGCAUACAGGCUGCACCACGUAGACGCCAACCGGUGUACCUGGUUGGUUAA